AAGAGGAGGAGCGGGAGGAAGAAAAGGGACAAAGGAAUAUCAUGGAAAGAAGAAGGAACCUCAAGGUCGAGCACUCCCUGAAUUCACAGCCCCUCGCCUGUGGGAUCAUCCACCCCCAUAUUCCACAGGAUUUCCCAUUCCCAAACCUUGUCCAGAUGGAGGAGGAGGCUGUGAGGAAGAGGAAGAUGCCCCAGGACACCCAGGCAGACAAGGAGCUGAGGAUGGAGACCAGGGAGGACAAAUCCCCACGGCAGAACCUCGUGGAAGAGGCUGUUUUGAGCAGCUCCACGGCACAGGAAUCCAAUGGGGAGGAAAAUCCCCAGAGAUCCCACAGGAGGAGGGGCUCCAAACCCAUCCCAGGGUGCUCUGAGGAGGAAAGACCCACCCUGUGCCGGGAAGGCGGCCGGAGAUCCAGCCAGGGCUCUGAGCUGGUGGUCCAUGAGCAGCUUCAGGAUGGGGAGAAGCCCUGCAAGUGCUUGGAGUGUGGGAAGAGCUUCAGCCGGAGCAACAGCCUGAUCUGCCACCAGAUGAUCCACACUGGGGAAUGGGCCUACGAGUGUAGGGAAUGUGGGAAGGGCUUCUACUGCAGUUCCCAACUCAUCAUUCACCAGCGCAUCCACAGUGGGGAGAGGCCCUACGAGUGUCCUGAGUGUGGGAAGAGGUUUCAGACCAGCCCCCAUCUCCUCAGGCACCAGCGGAUUCACACGGAUGAGAGGCCCUUCCGCUGCCCUGACUGUGGGGAGGGCUUCAAGCGAAACUCCAACCUCAUCACCCACCGGCGCAUCCACACUGGGGAGAGGCCCUACGAGUGUCCCCAGUGUGGGAAGAGCUUCAGCCGGAGCUCUCACUUGACCCAGCACCAACAGAGACACCGGUAAGGGAAGCCCUGCGAGUGCCCCAAGUGCAGGAAGAGCUUUGUGCACUGCUCCAGCUCCAUCCCCCACCAGAGGACCCACGAGGAAAGACCCACCCUGUGCCGGGAAGGCGGCCGGAGAUCCAGCCAGAGCUCUGAGCUGGUGGUCCAUGAGCAGCUUCAGGAUGGGGAGAAGCCCUACAAGUGCUUGGAGUGUGGGAAGAGCUUCAGCCAGAGCAACAGCCUGAUUCGCCACCAGAUGAUCCACACUGGGGAAUGGCCCUACGAGUGUGGGCAAUGUGGGAAGGGCUUCAGCUGCAACUCCCAACUCAUCAUCCACCAGCGCAUCCACACUGGGGAGAGGCCCUAGGAGUGUUCCAAGUGUGGGAAGAGGUUUCAGAGGAGCUCCAAUCUCCUCAGGCACCAGCGGAUUCACACGGAUGAGAGGCCCUUCCGCUGCCCUGACUGUGGGGAGGGCUUCAAGCGAAACUCCCACCUCAUCACCCACCGGCGCAUCCACACUGGGGAGAGACCCUAUGAGUGUGGGGAAUGUGGGAAGAGCUUCAGCCACAACUACAGCCUGAUCUGCCACCAGAGGACCCACACUGGGGAACGGCCCUAUGAGUGUGGGGAGUGUGGGAUGACCUUCAGCCAGAGGUCCCAGCUGACCAUCCACCAGGUGAUCCACACUGGGGAGAGGCCCUAUGAGUGUCCUGAGUGUGGGAAGAGGUUUCAGAGCAGCUCCCAUCUCCUCCAGCACCAGCGAAUUCACACGGAUGAGAGGCCCUUCCGCUGCCCUGACUGCAGGAAGGGCUUCAAGCACAACUCCAACCUCAUCAAGCACCGGCGCAUCCACACCGGGGAGAGGCCCUACGAGUGUCCCCAGUGUGGGAAGAGCUUCACCCAGAGCUCUCACUUGACCAAACACCAACGGAGGCACCGGUAAGGGAAGCCCUGUGAGUGCCCCAAGUGCAAGAAGAGCUUCGUGUGCUGCUCCAGCUCCAUCUCCCAUCAGAGGACCCAUGUUGGGCAGAGCCCUGAUGACCCACGUUCCCAGUGAUCUGUGUUGGGAACACACUGGGGUGAUGAUCAUUUUAUUUUGGUUUCAAUUAUCUUUGGAUUUAUCUUCAUCUAUUUAAAACAGAGAAAUAGUGGUAAAAAUCAACAAAUUCAUCAAAGGCAUCUAAAACCUCACAUUUUACUAGUGCUUCAAGGGAAUCUGGGAGAUACUUGGGGUAUUUGGGGGUUGUGGCAUUAUUUGGUAGAGUUGUCUCCAUUUCUUGGCACUCAAAGAGACGAGAGGGUUUGAUCUGUCACCUCAAAACCACUCAAUGCCACUGAAUUCUACUCAGUCCCUCUCCAAAAUUAUUCAAUUCCACAGUCCCUCAGGGUGUGAUGUCUUAAGUUUUAGCUUUCAUAUUUUUCAUAUUCUGCGCUGCCUAGGUUUGUAGUUUUGAACUUCGUAUUAAGUGUUAGUGAGCUCUCUUCACAGAGUAGGUAGACAAAACAAUUCCUU